UCCACUAGUCAUCAAGUUACUUUGAGAGGCACUAUACUGGAAAACAAGAAGCUGUAUUGCGUUUCUGAUAUACCAUUUCACUGCGGGAGCACACAAGGAGCAGUCAUCAAGUUGCACGUUUUGUCAGGUUUCUUCAAUCAGAUUCAGGAUGGGGAAAGGAGAUCCUAACAAGCCAAGAGGCAAGAUGUCGUCCUAUGCAUACUUCGUGCAGACCUGUAGGGAAGAACACAAGAAGAAACACCCAGACUCUUCGGUCAACUUUGCAGCCUUUUCCAAGAAAUGCUCUGAAAGAUGGAAGACUAUGUCUGCCAGUGAGAAAGGAAAGUUCGAGGAUAUGGCUAAAGGUGAUAAGGUUCGAUAUGAUCGGGAAAUGAAGACUUAUAUACCACCCAAGGGUGAGAAAAAGGGAAAGAAAAAGAAGGAUCCAAAUGCACCAAAAAGACCACCAUCUGCAUUUUUCCUCUUCUGUUCUGAACAUCGUCCCCAGAUAAAAAGUGAACACCCUGGGCUAUCAAUUGGCGACACAGCCAAAAAAUUAGGAGAGUUGUGGGCAGAACAGACUGCUAAAGACAAAAUACCAUUUGAGCAAAAAGCAGCCAAGCUAAAAGAGAAAUAUGAGAAGGAUGUUGCUGCAUAUCGUUCCAAAGGAAAGAGCGAUGCUGGAAAGAAGGCACCAGGUAGGCCGACUGGCUCUAAAAAGAAGGCUGAGCCUGAAGAUGAUGAUGACGACGAUGAGGAGGAGGAAGAAGAGGAAGAGGACGAAGAGGACGAGGAUGAUGAAUGAAUGCUUUGCUUGCUGUAUAAACUGUUAAAGCCCAAUUGUUUGCUAAGAAUGUGAACUCACGUGCAGCUCAUCUUUUUAGCUUCGUUAUAAAAACUGUACAGAAUUGUGUAUAGGUAAUGUGAUUCGUUAGGGAGAACCUAUAUUUUUAAUAUAAGACCUAGUUAAAGGGCUGUAUUCAUUAAGAGCUUAAGAUGUGGGAUGUUUCUACAUAUUUAAAAUAUUGAGGGGUAGUCCAGUAUUUUAGUAACCAGACCCUGUAUACUUUUUAGUCCUGUAGACAUGGUGCAUUGUACUUUUUUCUAACGUUUUUAGCUUCCUUUUUUUAAUAAAAUUUAUAUAUAAACCAAA